AUGAAAUUAAAUUUCGAUGGUGCAAGUAGAGGUAAUCUGGGUCGGAGUGGUGUGGGAGCUAUCAUUAGAAACGAAGUUGGUGAGGUGGUGCGUGCCAUAUCGGGUCUGGUUGGAGUAGCUACCAACAAUGUGGCAGAGAUUUCUGUGAUGGAGGCAGGGCUUCAAUGGUGUGUUAAUAAUGGGGUUGUCAAACUCAUAAUUGAAGGAGAUUCUCAGGUCAUCCUCAACGGUGUGACCAAAUCCGUAUUCCAGAACUGGCGGUUGGAGUGCUGGAUCUUGAGGAUUAAUAUGCUUUUGAACUUACUAGGUGAUUAUCACAUUCAACACAUGUUUCAAGAAGGCAACAAAGUAGCAGACUAUUUGGCAAACAUGGGGGUUGAGGAGGAUUCUGCCAGAGAAUUUGGCAGGGACGAUACGAUGUUGAUUGGACUAAAGGAGAUCAUAUCCCUUGACAUGGUUUCAAUCCCAAGGUCUAGAAUUGGAUAG